UUGACUGGAAAUCCAGAGAUGAGAGGAAUUUUCCGGAGGCCUACAUUGGUGUGGUGGAGUUGCACUUAUGAAGACACUUGCUAGGGGAUGCCAUGCUCCUCGCAUACAAACCAGGCAGAUAACGAAAAAGACCAGCAUUUGUUUUUAAAGACCACCUGGCUGCGAGGCACAUGAAAUUCAUGUUGAUGUGGUGGUGCUUAUGCAUGUAACAUGGCUGGAGAAACAUACACACAAAAGAAGAUAGUGGAACUGCUGACAAACAAGUUUAUUGUUGUAAUUGGGGAUAGUGUUCAACGCAGUGUCUACAAAGACUUGGUUGUGAGCCUGCAGCAGGAUCGAUAUCUCUCCCAUAAAGAAUUGAAGGAUAGGGGUGAACCCUCUUUCCUUGAUGAUAUGCUCUGUGAAGGUGGUAAAAUGCACAACGGUACACAUUACCGCGAAGUCCGGCAAUUCCAGCAUAAGAAUGGAAAACACAUCAUUCGAUACUACUUCGUCACCAAAGCCUAUAAUGAUUACUGGGAAACUAUUUUUGAAGAUAUCCGUCGAGGUCCGAAGCCUGAUGUCGUCUUGAUGAAUUCUUGUCUGUGGGACAUGAACAGAUAUGGACCAAGCUGGCUGUACCGGUACCAAGAAAACCUUGACCGGAUGCUGAAUGGUUUUAAAGAGGUCCUUCCAGAACAAUGCCUAGUUAUCUGGAACACAUGCAUGCCAGUUGGUAAGAAAGCAAGGGGUGGUUUCAUGUCUCGCAAGAUGCAGUCAUGGCGAGGGGAGACCAUUCGUUACGAUGUCCUCGAGGCAAAUUUCACGGCAAAACAAGCCGUAAAGAAUCAUGGCUACGAUUGCCUUGAUUUAAACUUCAAUUUUCGGCAGAUACGUGGCUAUCAGGAGUAUCGCCAGCAUGAUGAUGUUCACUGGAAUCAGCAUGCCCACAGGAUGAUUUCGAAUUUGAUUCUUGGGCAUAUAGCCGAUGCUUGGGGUGUCCCUAAACCCAAGUUCAUGAGGCCUCUUGAUGUAGAUCUCAAACCUAGAGCGCUGCGAAAGCAUGGUCGAAGCCAUACCAUCGACUCCAGGUGUGUUGAAGUUGAUCGUGGAUAUGACAGGAAGGUUGAUGUUACACCCAGGUGCAGAAUAGUGGAGCUUGAUAUGAAUAACAAUGCUAAUUACAACUUGAACAUUGGCUCAAAACGUAAGCGAGUAGAGCCAAAGGUGGUGACAGACAGACUUCUUGACGAAGACUUCGGCCGCAAUGGGCGUCGUCGCAGGUUGGAAGAAGAAGGUAUGCAUCAACUUCUGCACAGACAUUCUUCUCGUGACUUCUCUCCUCAGAAUUCCCCCGCCUUAUCCCUAUUGCCAAACUCACAGAGAUCACCCUUGCUCAUGCCAAUGGCAAUGAAUUUCGGCUGGAACCAAAUGCAGCAAAUUAACCAGAGCAGCCAUGUGUCGGGUUUCUCAUUGAAUCACCCUGCUAAUCAAAUGAUGGCCAUUCCCCUUGCCCAGCAAAUGGGGAUGGUCCAAAGUCCUGUUCUCUUCAAUUGUGUCAAUGCCUCGCAAGUCCGACUGGCUGAUUUUUUUCCACGGCAGCCAGCCACACAAAGUAGCAUCAGCCAAAUGAUGAAUGGUUCUUGGCAGAACGGACAAUAUUUCUAGAAUAUAUCUCCAGGAAAGAGCUAAGACUAAGAGGAAUAUGGUGUCCAUCUAGAGAAGUUGUAAGGUGUUGUACUUGUUGUUAUACAUAGAUUGUGCUCAAGUGGAAGCCAGCUUAUCUUUGAUUUUUGCCUCAAAUCAAGGCUUUUUGUGAGCUUGCUCAUACAAACAGCUGACUGAGUAGUGCUUAGUUCAGGUCUCAGGUUCUUAUGUUAAGAGAUGAGCACCAAAAAGUGUGUUUUAGAUUUUAUUUAGAUGUGAAGAUAUCCCACUGCCAAGAUUUUGCAUUUGAGGUGCUUGUAGAAUUUACAUUGUUUAUAAGACCAAUUGGCUGAAAGUUAUAUUGCAUUUAUUCUUGCUCAGAAAUGAGUAAAGCUCCGCUGUAUGCAUGCAACAUUCACCGACACAAACACAAUGCAACCGGCAAUAAACAUGUAUCUAUGACCCAGCAGUUUUUCAGCAAAGUUGCUUCAGCGAAUGUUUCUGUUCAUUGAUAUGUCACUGGGUGUGUGUCAGGCAGCAAUUAAAGGAACUCUCAAUGCUUUUAAGCCACUACUUAAUUAAUGUAGGCACAAUGAAAAUUCUGCGAAAAUUGUAUACAGUGGCGCUUUAAUUCUUUGAGAGAGCUUUUGUACUACCUCAGUGAUUGUUUAAAUGUGAAUAUAAAGUGUAAACCUGGGAAUGUUGGUAAGGCCAAAAGCUCACAAAUUUCUUAAUUUUUCAGUUGGCGUCUGGUCUGCAUUUAUAUUGCAUUUUACAACGUUAACCCUGCUCAAAGGCGAGGUCACAUUCCGUAUUUAGUUUAUUGUUCCGUGGUUUUCACAAAAGGGAACAUCUAGGCAGUAGCUAGGGGAACAACGUGGUCUUUAAGAAGCAAAUAUGCACACUUGGGGGACUGUGUUGUUUGUGUUCAAUUCUGCGAUAAAAAAAUUCAUGGGCCAAGUGUGAAUAGUUUUGAUGUACCCCGAGAUAGGGGAGACCCCUGUGUGUGCCUUAGUGUUACUCAAUCUGACCUACCUGGUGCCUGCCUAUAGUUUCCCUCUAAAAAAGUUUGAAUAAAUCGAAACAAUCGAGUUAAAUGAAUAUUUGUAUUCCCAUGAAAAAUAUCUAGAUCAGUUAUAUUUUUGUAAUAUUGUUCACUGCCAUGUUUGCAUAUAUAUUUUUCGUGUAAUUUCUAUUUUCUAGUCUUAAUAUAUCGGCAGUAAAUAUUCCUCAGUUUUUCAUAUUGAGAGUGUGUUCAUAUAACUGUUGUGCACCGGAAACUGCUGGAAGUGUGGCUAUUGUUAUUGUAAAUAAGAUUAUCAAAUCAUCAGUUAUUUUGUAAUAAAGAAGUUUCAUUUUUC